GUGACGCGAUCUCCAUGGUUUCAACUCAACUGCGCGUGCGCAGUAGAGAUGUACCCCAUCAUGGCGGCGUCAUUACGAAAAUAUGAGCUAGUUUUGGGCAACUGAGAGACUUCAGACAGCGUAAACACAGAUGAAAACAUGCACAGCGACAAGAAACUAACCAAGGAAGACACAUGGAGACCGGCUGACCUGAGAAGACACCUGAUGGAGGACGGACGUGGUGAUGAGAGAAAACACCGUGGUGGAGAAUCCACAGAGAGACACCGCAGAGACCCAGAGAAGGAAGCCAGGCGAGAGAGAGACAGAUAUGCAGAUGGACGGAAAGAGGAUAGGGAUAGGAGAGGUGAUAAGGAAAGGGAUAGAAGAGAUGAGAGGGACAGGGAGAAAAGAAGGGAAAGGGACAAGUUAGUAGAUAUAAAGAGGUACGAUGAGGAUUACAAGGAGAAGGUAGAAAGGAGGAGAGAUAGAGGGGAAAGGCAUGAAAGGGAGAGGGACAAGGAAAGACACAGAGACAAGGAGAAAGAGAGACACAACGAGGAGGACAGGGACAAAAGAAGGGAAGAGAGAGACAGGGAAAGGAGGAGAGAAGAACGGGAGAGGAGGAGGCACGAGGAAAGCAAAGAAGGAGAAAGAGAUCGGAUAGAGAGGACUGAAAGAGAGAGGAGAGAUCGGCAUAGAGAGAAAGAGCGACUCAGAGAUGAAUAUGAGAAGAGGAAUGACAAAGAAAGACAAGAGAGACACGGAGACGGGAAGCAUUGGGAGGUGAAGGAGGGAAGAGAGCACAAGGAAGAACAUAGGAGACAUAAAGAGGAGAGAGAGAGGAGACACAAAGAGAGAGGACAUCACGAUGAAAAGCGUGAAUCCAGGGGGCAUCGAGACUCGAAGGGGUCGGCCGAAGAGAUGAGGCGUCACCGUAGUGACGGAGAGCGAAUAGAACAUAAAGAGAGAAAACACAGAGAGGAAGAGGAGGAACUGGAAAGAAAUCAUCACAGAGAGAGGACCAGCUCCAAGAAAUCAGCAUCUGACACAAGUCACAGACAUGAGACUAAAACUGAGGAGGUAGAAAAGCUCCGGACAGCUAGUGUGAAAGAUGCAGGAGACACAGCGGAGCCUGUUGUCAAUGAUGAAGAUUUGGCCGACCAGGAAUAUGAGGACGACUUUGAGAAAAUGGAUUACGAGGAGGAUUUUGAGGAGCUGGAUGAGAGCGAAAAUGAAGAUGAAGACGAGGAAGAGGAAAAGGAGCCACAGCAUCCAGAGGUCAGGGAGGAGAAGGAGGAACUCACAGCACAAAGGAAGAAAGAAAUUGAAGCGAUUCAGAGAGCCAUGGACGAGGAGAACGAGAGAGUCGACACAGCUCAGACCAGACGAAUAACGAACAGAGAAGAGGAUGACGGGCCAAAGCGGUCCAGUAGAGGAUCUGAAAAGAGCGAGAGUAGAUCGUCCCAACGUGGGAAGUUUAUCGACUUUGUGGCCGCAAAGCAGCGCGAAGUCAGCAAGAAAGCUGCCACAAAACUGAAAAAACGCAGCACGGAGCUUCUUCGCUUGAUUGAUCUGGAUUUCUCGUUGACGUUCUCCCUUUUGGAUCUGCCACCUGUUAAUGAAUAUGACAUGUAUAUUAGAAACUUUGGCACUACGAACACUAAACAGGCUUACGUUCAGUGUAAUGAGGAUAAUGCGGACAGAGACAUCCAGACAGAGGAGACAGAGGUGUGUGAGAAGUGGACACAGCAUCCUCCUGAGCACAAUGGAGCCUGUGGAGAUCCAAACCCCUCACAUGAAGCACGAGACAAAUCCAUGAGUGAAAUGAACUUUGAUUCACAGCGUCUGACAGCAUUUCUGCGCUCGGCCUCACAGGUCAUGGUGGUCCUGUUGGAAGAGGAUCAAGCUGAGAGAAAAUCCCAGAGGAAGCUGAGGUCCCAAACAGACACGCUGUCUUUCAGCGACGGAAGUUUACAGCUCAACACUAAGUUGCCUUUUCUUUAUGGUCGCAGCACCAGCUUGGUGCACUUCUCUCAGGUCCAGAGGCACACCAUGAUGUCAGUCCACGGCCCUACAACUAAGCCCAGCGCUGUGCGUCUUGACAGCUGCACCAUCAUCUGCAUCUGGAACAUUUGGGAGCCGUCCAGACCUCAAAAAGUCCUUGUCUACGAAUCAGAGGUGCAGUGUUGUUGCUUCAGCCCCGGAAAGGCGAUAUUGGUGUUUGCAGGCACAUCGGUCGGCUCCGUGGUGCUGUGGGACCUGAGGGAGCAUUCCAGUAACCAUUACCGCCUGAAGAUAGGAGAGGAUGAGUGGACCCUCCGACAGCCCACCUUCUCCACUGAUGCAGUGAUGGCCGGCUCGGGUCAUUUCUCAUCUGUGACAUCUGUAGAAGUCGUCCCCUCGGCUGUAGCAGGGGGGCUGAGGCCAGAGGUCUCCCUUUUGGCAUCUGAGGAAGAGUCAUCAGGAUUGUCCUUCCAGCUGGCUUCUCUGGACGAAAGUGGGGUUUUAAAUUUCUGGGUGGUAGUGGAGCUCCCAAAAGCCAACGAGGCCGGCUCUGCGACAGAUCUAGGGCUCAGGCCUGGGGGCAAAGUGAAGCUUCUUCACAGCUCCUCUCUCCUCGCUGCUGAGAGGGUGUCACCACGAAAUGCGGCCAAAACGGGGCCGUUACAGACGCUUCACUUAAAGUUCCUCCCAACGGACCCCAAUCAUUUUUUUAUCGGCACCAAUAUGGGCAUCGUCAAUCAUGGAACAAGUCACGGUUUGAAGGCUCCACCAAAGUUUUACAGGUUUCAGGAGGCUGGAGUUCGACCUGUUGACGUCAGCUCAGUCCACUUUUCCCCCUUCGUGCAACACUUGUUCUUGGUGGGUUGUGGGGAUGGCACCAUCAGGUUGCAUGCAGUCAGCCAUGAGCAGCCUGUGGCAGAGUGGAAGAACAGUACAGCAGGUGAACCGGUGGUCGCUCUGCAGUGGGCUCAAACCAGACCAACAGUCUUCUGUGUGCUCGACGCAGCCUCCAACCUCCACGUAUGGGACCUGCUGAAAAAUGACACCGAGCCUGUGAUCACCGAGAGGAUUUAUUCAGACAGGGUGACAGCCAUGGCUUUGUUCGGAGACUCAGGACAACAGAACACAUAUUCAGGAAUAGCACUGGCACACGAGUCAGGAAUGAUAGAGAUGCAGUAUUUUGCGAGACAUUUCACUGUGCCUGUUAUUGAAGAAGAGAAGAAGCUGGAGUGUAUGAUGACUGAAGCCUUCUAAAACACAUCUGUCUGUGUACGGCUGCUGCUCAGUGAUCAAUUUCUAAAUGUUUUUUGUCAAAGUUACAUUGUAUAUUAUAUCAUAUUUUGAUUUGAUGUGUGUUUUUCCACUUGAAUUGAUGAAACAUCGACACAGUUUUACAUUAACAUAGCAGAAGAACACUUAUUUUUAAUAAUAAUGAUAUAAUUAAUAUAUUAUUAGGAAGAAACACAUGAUGUAAAUGUUUGUUGAUGUAAAUAUUUCUACUGUUUAUUUACUGACUAAUGUAAAAAUAUUUUUACGGUACAAACAAGUUUAAUUUUUAUACAAUAAAAAUUAAAGUAUAU